UACCUCUUGCUGCCACCAGGUGUCACCAAUUGUCAGCUUUUCUCAAUUUUAAAUGUGUUUUUUUGUGUUUUGUUUUUAAGGCAUUACUCUGUUCCUAACAUCCCGACCACAGAGAGAACUUUAAAGGGUGAGGAUGCUGCGGGUGGCGGGUGGUCGGGGGAGGGGCGGCGGGUCUCUGUGCAGCGCGGCACAUCCUGUCAAAGGGGAAACGCUUCGCCCCCCCCGUGGUGUUCGAGCUCACCGACAACAUUGGGGGAACCUGGUGCUACGACGAGAGAAUCACGUACGACAACGGGAGGCCGGUUCACAGCAGCAUGUACCGAGACCUACGGACGAAUCUUCCCAAAGAGGUGAUGAUGUUUCCUGAUUUCCCCUUCGACUCCAAGCUGAGCAGCUUUUUGCCGCACCACGAGGUCCAGAACUACCUGGAGAAAUACUGCCAGAGCCAUGGCAUCCGGCCUCACAUCCGCUUUAACACAGCGGUGGAGAAGGUGACGCCUGUUGUUUUGGCGUUGGAGGAAAACAAUGAACAGACGACGUGGGAGGUGACGUCUUGUGACUCCUCCGGUCUUCAGAAAACAGAAACCUUCGACUCCAUCUUCGUCUGCUCCGGGCAUUACUCUGUUCCUAACAUCCCGACCAUACCGGGGAUGGAGAACUUUAAAGGACAGGUGCUCCACAGUCACUCGUACAGAUCUGCUGAGUCGUUCUCAGGGAAGACCGUCAUCGUUCUGGGAGCAAAAGCUUCAGGACUGGAUAUUUCCAUGGAGCUGGCUAACGCUGGAGCCCAGGUGCGUCUGAGUUUCUCCGGUCCUCCGUUCACCUUCCCUCUUCCUGACGGGAUCCAGGAGGCCAGUUUAGUCGAGGCGGUCGAGAGAGACGGCAGCAUUCGCUUCCAGGACGGCUCCUCGGGCCCUGCAGACGUCCUGCUGUUCUGCACCGGAUACGUCUUCAGCUUCCCGUACCUGGACGCCGCUCAGCUGAAGCUACAGAUCCAGGAUCAGCUGCUGGCGCCCCUGUACCGCCACAUGAUGCCCCCCAACUUCCCCUCGCUCUUCUUCAUCGGCAUGUGCAAACUCAUCUGCCCCUUCCCCAACUUCCACUGCCAGGUGCAGUUCGCCCUGGCGGUGCUGGAUGGCUCCGUCUCGUUGCCCUUGGCUGCUCUGAUGGAGCAGGAGGUGCUGGAGGAGCUGCAGGAGAAGGAGCAGCGAGGCGUUCAGCAGCGCCACCUGAUGGUGCUCCAGCAGCAGCAGUGGGAUUACUGCUCGAUGCUCGCUGACACCGCUCAGUUCCCCCCGCUGCCGCCUGCCGUCAGGAGUCUGUACGAGGAGGUGUGGAGGCAGCGCCGAGAACACCCCAAACACUACCGGAGAAACAACUACCGUCUGAUCACAGACGACCGCUGGGAGCUCGUUCACUGACCGAGACAAUAGCUGAUACCUUACCUUACCUUAGCUAAGGAGGUUUAAAGCCGAUGCAGAUUAACAGUAUUAAUAUAUAAUAACAGAUGAAUAACUACCGGAGACUCAACUACCGCCUGAUCGAUGGCGACCGCUGGGAACUCGUUUACUGACGGAGAUAAUUGCUGAUACUUAAAACAGAUUAACAAUAUUAAUAUAUAAUAACAGAUUCAUAUUAAAAAACAAUAAAUCUGAAAACUACCGGAGACUCAACGACCUCUGGGAAGAAUUUUGAAGUCUCAAAAAGUGUGAGACUGCAUUAAAAAACUCUUAAUAAGUUCUAAAAAGUCUUUAACAUUGUAAUAAGUAUUAAACGGUAUAAUUAUCUAAAAGCUACUACCGGAGACUCAACUACCGGAUAGUUAGAGACAACAGCUGGGAGUCUUAAAAAGUAUUUAAGUCUAAAUAAGACUUAAAAUGUGUUAAAAGUCUUUAAAAGUCCUCAUACGUCUUUAAAAGUCCUCAUACUUCUUUAAAAGUUUUCAUACUUCUUUAAAAGUUUUCAUACUUCUUUAAAAGUUUUCAUACUUCUUUAAAAGUCCUCAUACGUCUUUAAAAGUCCUCAUACUUCUUUAAAAGUCCUCAUACUUCUUUAAAAGUCCUCAUACGUCUUUAAAAGUCCUCAUACGUCUUUAAAAGUCCUCAUAUUUCUUUAAAAGUCCUCAUACGUCUUUAAAAGUCCUCAUAUUUCUUUAAAAGUCCUCAUAUUUCUCAUACGUCUUUAAAAGUCCUCAUACGUCUUUAAAAGUCCUCAUACUUCUUUAAAAGUUUUCAUACUUCUUUAAAAGUCCUCAUACGUCUUUAAAAGUCCUCAUACUUCUUUAAAAGUCCUCAUACUUCUUUAAAAGUCCUCAUACUUCUUUAAAAGUCCUCAUACGUCUUUAAAAGUCCUCAUAUUUCUUUAAAAGUCCUCAUAUUUCUUUAAAAGUCCUAUAAGUGUUCAAUAAGAACAGGAGAAGAUCAAAGAAAAGCAGACGCUGUGAAAUAAAUAUGCAAAAAGGAAAUAUUCAAAAAAGUGAUUUAAUUGGUUCUGAAACUAGAAAUAACUGAUUAAAUAAACUCAAGAACUCUCACCUGAAGAGGACAGUAGAAGUCAUCGUAGAAUUUAACAAUGUAACGUCAAUAAUGAAGACCACAACUCCCAUGAUGCAACACUACGUCACCUCUACGUCUUUUUUACUGUUUCUUUUUAAGGACCUUCAGCAACAGAGAUUCACUUUUGAUUUUCCACUGAACUUUUUGAAGAUGUUGUGUAACUUUGUUUUAAUACUUACUGAUCACUGAAUGUGUGAAAUGAUUGAUCACAGAGGCUUGAUUAAAAAAAUAGGAGUCUUACCUCAUUUAUUAAAAUAAAA